CUCGUUCACCUGUCAACACAUGCAUAACGUAUUUUACAGAAAUAUAAAUAAUCUAACAAAGGAAAAUAUUAUUAUCAAUACGUUUACAUUGUAACUUAUUUGUAACAAUGAGGGAAUGAUGUUUAAAAUAUAAACGCCCUUCAGAUUUCAGUAAGGUUAAAUAACCUAUAGUGUGUGUUGAUUCUCGCAAUUUUCAUCACAACAUUCUGUCGGGCAAUAUUCCUUUUUACAAUAUUUUUUUCUGGACGAAAUAAAGUUCAUAAGAUGCUGACAUAAAGUACAUGGUCAUCGAAGCUAUUAAAAUGUCAUAUCUAAGGAUCCUGCAUUGCACUUUAUGCCUUAAACAUGGAACAAUUAAUUUAUGUCCAAAGUCAAUGCUCCUAAAAAAUUGUAGCUAUAAACCAAUUCAACAGCUGGCAAAUAUAUCUUUAUCCUGUCACCUUAGUAACAAUUCACCUUUGACAACUCAAACAGUGGCUGCAUCUACAAAGAAAAAAAAUAAAAAUGUUCCUCAAGAUACGAGAAUGUGGAAAGAAACUCCGACUCAUGAUGUUAAGAAUAACUUAGUACAAUAUUCUAUGAUGCUCUCCAAAUUUCGAUUGACCUCCCUAGUAGUAAUGACAUCAAUGGCAGGUUACACGCUUGCACCUGCUCCAUUUGAUUUAACAACAUUUGCACUAUGUACUGUGGGUACUGGUCUUGUGAGCUCUGCUGCAAACUCUAUCAACCAAUACCAUGAAGUUCCUUUUGACGCACAGAUGUCUAGAACUAAAAAUAGAGUGCUUGUGAAAGGUUUAUUAGAACCAGUACAUGCUAUAAGUUUUGCAGCAGCAUCAAGUAUUACCGGCCUCAGUGUAUUAUACUUUGGUGUUAAUCCUUUAACAGCAGCACUAGGUGCUGGAAAUCUUAUUCUAUAUUCCUUUAUAUACACACCAUUGAAGAGAAUAUCAAUAACUAACACAUGGCUUGGCUCAGUUGUUGGUGCCAUCCCACCCUUAAUGGGAUGGGCCGGUUGUGCUGGCGGACUCGACGCGGGCGCGCUGGUGCUAAGCGCGGUGCUGUACUCAUGGCAGUUUCCACACUUCAACGCGCUCUCCUGGAAUCUAAGGCCCGACUACUCGCGCGCCGGUUACAGGAUGAUGGCUGUCACUGACCCAGCUCUAUGCAGAAGAGUGGCUUUACGACAUACAGGCUUCAUAACCGCUACAUGCGUCGGUUCUUCUUAUCUAGGAGUCACCAAUAUGUGGUUUGCGCUCGAGUCCUUACCACUUAAUAUAUAUUUUAUGUACUUAGCAUGGCAAUUCUAUAAAAAAUCUGACAGCAGCAGUUCAAGGAAACUCUUUAGAUUCUCUCUGAUUCACCUGCCGGCACUAAUGUUACUAAUGCUAGUCAAUAAAAAAUAUUGGAGUUCGAGUAAGACAGAAGAACAUAAUGAUACUUUAAAGAUUCAAGAUGUAAACAAACAUCCUGAGUUCGCAAAAGGAAUCACAGUAUUGCCAAGGAGACCUGUUGUCGCGGCGCAGGAUUCAAAUUUAGAAAAAACCACUAACGCUUAGUUAAUUACUACGAAAAAGUAGUAUUUUUUUUGUAAAUAUUGUACAAUUUACUAUUGUGAUUUAAUUUAUAGAAUUGAGUGUAAGAUAAUAAAUCGCCGGUUACCGAGAUUGUUACAUGUUUAAGUUAUAUUUUGAUUGCAAAUCAAUUAGACGCUUAAUAGGAAAAAUCAUGUAAAUGAAAUAGACAAAUAAUAAAUCCUUAUAUUUAUUUUGUU